AUGGAGAAAGACGCUAAGACAAGAAAAAAUUUUGCUUUUGUCACUCCAACAUCCUAUUCAGGCCUCAUCUCUGCUUCGCUAUUCUCCCUUCCAUCGUAUAAUGUGGAGCCUAAAGAAGAAACCAAAGAAGAGCCGUAUGACCAAGAAUUUGAGGAUGAGGAGUUACCUCCUGAAUUAUUAGACAAGAGCUGAAAAUUAGCAAGCUCAGUCCUGAUAACUAUCAAAUUCAACACAAAACAGAAAGCACUGAAAUAAGCUCAUGGUUCCAGAAUAUGCUAUGUUUUAUAAGGAAUCCAAACAUCAAGAAAGUUUAGAUAAAAUAGAGAGUAUUUUUAAAGCAAAAUAGAGCAUGUGCAUUAGACUAUAAUUUAUGGGAGGAAGUCCAAUACAACAAGGACAUCGAUAUGGACGAUCUAGACAGUAUCCUGACCGACCAAGACCACGAAAACUCCUAUCUCCACUUCUACGACCCACACGAUCAACCCCAACACGACAAAGACCCCAUCUCCAAUGAAUUCGGAGACGACUCCGAAGGCACCUUCCCCGAAAACAUCGACGAAGGAAUCGAACACGAGUACGAACACGAGCACGAGCACAACCCCGAGUACAACCCCGAGUACUACAACAAGUCCUCGCACGACCAACCCCCCUCCCAAACCUCCCUUUCUUCCAAAUAACCCCCCACUUCCCCACUAAGCACACAGCCUCUUCUCAAUCCCAAAAUUUAGCCUAGAUUUAUUAACCCCCACAGUUCAGGUCAACCGGUUAGAAAUUUAUAGAAGAAGGAAUAAUAAUUAUUUAUUAAC